AGAAUCGUGGGACAAACCACCCCUUGGAAAGCUGGUGAUGCCGGAAGCUGCGGGGAUCCCCCCACCAAAAUCCAGGAGGUGACAUAGGACUCAGGACCCAGGAGCAUGACGCUUGAGGGGCGAGAGGCAGCUGGCCAGCCUCAAGCCACCCUGGGGCCCCCAGCCAAUGGCAGUGGGCCAAGCCAGGAGUUGGAAGGCCAUUGGCCAGAAAUCCCAGAGAGGUCCCCAUGUGUGGCUGGUGUCAUCCCUGUCAUCUACUACAGCAUCCUGCUGGGCCUGGGGCUGCCUGUCAACCUCCUGACCACAGUGGCCUUGGCCCGGCUGGCCGCCAGGACCAGGAAGCCCUCCUACUACUACCUUCUGGCGCUCACAGUCUCGGAUAUCGUCACCCAGGUGGUCAUCGUGUUCGUGGGUUUCCUCCUGCAGGGCGCUGUGCUGGCCCGGGAGGUGCCCCGGGCUGUGGUGCGCACGGCCAACAUCCUGGAGUUUGCUGCCAACCAUGCCUCCGUCUGGAUUGCUGUCCUGCUCACGGUUGACCGGUACAGCGCCCUGUGCCAUCCCCUGCACCACCGGGCCGCCUCAUCCCCAGGCCGGACCCGCCGAGCCAUCGUCGCUGUCCUCGGUGCUGCCCUGCUGACCGGCAUCCCCUUCUACUGGUGGCUGGAUGUGUGGAGGGACGCGGACCCCCCCAGCAUGAUGGAUGAGGCCCUCAAGUGGGCUCACUGUCUCAUCGUCUACUUCAUCCCUUGUGGCGUUUUCCUGGUCACCAACUCGGCCAUCAUCUGCCGGCUGCGGAGGAGGAGCCAGAGUGGGCUGCGGCCCCGGGUGGGCAAGGGUACAGCUAUCCUCCUGGGCGUCACCACGCUCUUCACCCUCCUUUGGGCACCCCGGAUCUUUGUCAUGCUCUACCACCUGUAUGUGGCCCCUGUCCACCGGGACUGGAGGGUCCACCUGGCCUUGGAUGUGGCCAACAUGGCGGCCAUGCUCAACACAGCAGUCAACUUCAGCCUCUACUGCUUUGUCAGCAAGACUUUCCGGGCCACCAUCCGAGAGGUCAUCCAUGAUGCCCACCUGCCCUGCAUCCUGGGGUCACAGCCAGAGGGCAUGGUGGUGGAACCUGUGCUAAAGCCCCCGGGAAUUCCCAAAGGGGCAGAAUUGUAGAGGAGGGGCCCAGCCAGGGUGCUCAGGUGUGGCUCAGGGCCAGAUAUACUGCUGCCUUUGUGGUGUGCCCACAAAACUGUGACACCCUACUUUGCAACUAGGGGUCGGGGAAAGGCUCCUUCCUGUGAGGGAAGCUCCCCGGGUGCAGGGGGGUACAAUUUUUCCAGCUUUCCCAUUAGCUUCACCAGCAACUCCCACUUCUUGGAACAAGGAGAGGGCUCUGCCAGGCACAGGCUGAUAGUGUCAGCUGCCUUGGCAUUCAUUCCUUUGUAAGGGACAUUUCACCUGGCACGUUAUGAAGGCUAGAUUGACAUUGAUUGGAUGAGUGAAUGAAAGGCAAGAUGGAUGGAUGGAUGGAUGGACGGAUGGACAGACAAGUAUGAAUGGU